AACUAUGUACAAAGACUAAGCAUGUGAGCUUAUAGGUUCCUGAUUCAGCUUUAAGCUUAAAUCAUCAUGUGUUCACUUGGAAGUCACCAGAUUUUUGGAGCGAGUGUUAAGGUUUGACUGGCAGGAGGAGGCACAGAGUAUUCUGGGUAUUUUGUUUUGCCCUGGAGAGAGAGAUUGUUUAUUAAAAGUGCUGAUGGAACUCUCAUGCUGCUCAGGGUCAGGAGGCUACAAAAGCCCCCUCUGUCUCACCAGAACAAUCCAGUGUUGAGGUAUAUUGUAGUCUUUUUGUCCAGGUACAGAGGGCUGGAGCCAGCACAAUGUGCACCCUUUGACCUUGGUAUGAUAUAAAUGCUAGUUCUCCAGAGCUACGGCACUGUUUAUUUAACUGUCGAUGAUGGCACAAAGGAGCUUUUUGCUACAUCUUGUGGUUCUGGUUUUGCUGGGUCUUACGCUGGAGACAGAAGCCUUCAACCCCAGCCGUCUCCAACAGCACAAAAUCCUCCACCUGGACUGGCCCAAAGAUUGUGGCCUAGCUCACUUCAAACCACACACCACAGAACGCAUUGUAUCAGGCAAUGAGGCCAAUCCUCACUCAUGGCCAUGGCAGGUCUCACUGCAGGUUCGUCCCAGAGGCAGCAAAUACUACGUCCAUGUGUGCGGUGGAACCCUGAUCCACAAAAACUGGGUGCUCACUGCAGCCCACUGCUUCCAGAAGGGUAAAGCUGAAGAUGCAGGUAACUGGCGUAUUGUUUUGGGGAAGCACCGGCUGAAGAAAUCCGAAGCAGCCGAGCGUAUUUUCCCUGUGAAGAGAAUCUACAGACAUGAGAAUUUUCGUUACCCUCUGCACAGUGAACUGGACUACGACAUAGCUUUGGUUAAAGCAGGCACAGACAUUCUACCCAGUAACUUUAUCCGCUACGCCUGCCUGCCGCGCAAGCAGACCAACUUAAAACCUGGCCAUUACUGCUGGGUGACCGGUUGGGGGGACACACGAGGUGGGAAAGAUAACGUGUCACUGGCCGAGUCAUUGAACCAAGCCCGUCUGCCUGUCAUCGACCACAAAACAUGCCGGCAGAAGAAGUUUUGGGGAGAUCGUGUGAGGGAGUCCAUGAUCUGUGCUGGAUUCAGAGACACAGAGGGACCUCCUGCUGCCUGCCAGGGAGAUUCCGGUGGUCCUCUAAUGUGUCAGGUGGGUGAGGAUCGUUGGGAAGUGCGUGGCAUAGUAAGCUUCGGCCCCAUCGGCUGCACGGUGGAAAAUAAGCCCAGCGUCUUUACUCGCACUCUUGUUUACAUCCCCUGGAUUGAGGCUACUCGCAUCAGGGACUUCUUUUUCCACUGAUCUCCCUGCCAUCGGUGACCACCAGGUCCAACUCUAAGGGGUUUACAGCUGUCGACUGUCUAUAAUACCUGGCAGUGCAUUAAUUUAAGAGCUUACCUUACUUCCUUUAUGGGCUUGUUGGCUGCCAUCUUCUGCUCUUUUU